CAGUGACAGCCUUAAACACAUGUAGAUCAAAGACCAGGAGGAGACAGUCAGCAAGCACGGGGAUCCUGUUCCAGCGUGUACAAGAGAACAAUGUCUUCAGAUGAGUGGUCAACAGCUGAGGACAAAGGCCAGUUGUCCCGACUCCUCAGGAAAUCGAGAGACUCCCCCUUCGUCCCCCUGGGCAUGGCAGGCUUUGUGGCUGUGCUGUCCUAUGGUCUUUACAAGCUAAACUCCAGAAGAGAACACAAGGUGUCCCUUCAUCUCAUCCACGUGCGGGUUGCUGCCCAAGGAUGCGUUGUGGGGGCCGUGACUCUAGGUGUUCUCUACUCUAUGUAUACGGAUUACAUCCGACCUCGGUUCUUCAAUGUCCCCAGAAAAUAGAGCCAGAAGCAGGAGGCAAUGAAAACUGGCUCCUCAGGGCUGAGCUUCAGAAAAAGAAAUUCGCAUUGUGUUCUGAAACAUGGAGCAUAGUUCACGCAGAAGCCUCGUAGCAUCUGUAUCUUAUGUUGUUGAAAAGUUGCUUUCUAAAGCCACAGGCCAUUAGCUGAAA